AUGAUCUCUGUGAUUCUUGGCAACUACACCAAGCGCCUGGAGGACCGCGUCGCCUUUCUCGAGGCCAAACUCGCAGGUGAUGGCGGUGGCGGCCCCUCCUUUGCCGUCCACCCCGCCCACCCCGGCGGCCUUGAGGAAGUCGCCGAGCUGCUGGCCACCCAGUUCAUCAACGACAUCAUCGAGCUUCCUCGUCCCGCCUCCUCGGGGCAUGGUGGCUAG